UUUCAGGAAUGGUGGAAAUGUCUUCAGCAACGAUACCAACACCACAGUUAAGUAGUCUAUUUGUACACGAUCGUUGUUCUUCAUCCAUCUUUCAACGUUUCUUACUUUAUAUAUAUUUUCCAUUUGGUAUAUUACUAUUUUGCUUACGUAUUAUUAUUGGUGUACAUAUUUUUCUUACUGCAUGUAUUCUACGCAAAACAAUGUUAUUAAGGUGUACGGUAUUACGGGUAAUGUCAUGCUUGCUGGGUUUAGUAGUAUUCAGCGGUGGACCAGCUGGGAAUUGGGAUCAUAAAACGCAUCUUUUAGUCGCCAACCAUAUUUCAACGCUUGACCAUAUGGUUAUUGACUUAAUCGAACCUUGCAUAUUACCUUCUGUUUGGGAUAUACCCGGCAUUUUACGUUGGUGCCUAGGAUACAAGGAUUUGGGGGCUCGCCAAGGACGUGCGGAGCUUAUCCGUCGUUCAAAAAUAUUCUGCGAAAAGAAUGUUUUGCCCCUUCUCACUUUUCCGGAAGGAGCAAUGACGAGUGGUUCCAUUGGUCUUCUCAAAUUUAGUACUUGGCCAUUCGAAGUAACCGAUUCAGUUCAGCCUGUGUUAAUAUCAGUAUAUCGGCCAUUUUUCGGUAAUAUCGCAGUAUCAGUUUUGGGUGGCGCAUGGUGGCAAGAUAUUUUUUAUUUUCUGUUUGUGCCGUUUACUGUAAUGAAAGUACGUUGGCUUCAUCCUUUGCAUCGUAAGAAGAGCUCAGACUCAAAUAAACCAAGCGAAACAACUGAAGAGUUCACGAGACGGGUUGCAGACAUUAUGGCCACCAGAUUAGGUAUUGCUGCUACUUCCUUUACUUCUCAAGAUGCAGUUGAGGAAGCGAAGCGACAUCUUGAAGGAAGGCGACGGUCGUUUCUAAACAUAAGAUUAAAUAGUAACUAUCCAAGGAAAAACCGAUCCUGGCAGAGUGUAAAAAGUAUAACGGAAUACCUCGAUUCAUUGACAAUGAAAAUCAAGCAAGCUUUUCCAGCGGUUCCACUUGUAGCGAUAAGAGAAGAUCUGGAACAAACACAGGAUGGUAAUGCAACAUGUGAACGUAUAACGGCAGGAAAAAUAAAAUUAAGUUCGUUGGAGAAUGAUGACUUAUUGCCGGGAACUAAUCCACAGCAAUGGUCAAAAGUGUACAGCCGUCGAAAAUGGAAUCUUAUUGAAACAAAUCGUGCUAAAUAUUUGAAACGAAUUAGCGAAAAAUUACUUGUCGAACAGUUAAAGCAUGAAAUUAAUUCUUGAUUACUAAUUUCUUCAUAUUUUAUAUUUUUUGUAAUUUUUUUCAUUUUGUAAGAAAUAAGAGGGAAUGAUUCUGUUUUAAUAAAAUAAGGAAAUAUGGG